CUUGCGAUCCGAAUGGGACCUGUUGGUUGGUUUAAGGAUGACCCGACGGACUUUGAGAGAUUCUUGAGCGCAAACACUAAAGCCCGCCUAAACGGUUUGGUGAGGUGGUAGCCCGGUGUCCGAAGCCUGGAAGGUGGGCUAGGCUGAGCUAUAACACGAAUUCCACAUGGUUAACACGGGCAGCUUACACAUGGCCCUGCGUUUGUGGUGGUCUAUCGGGACGAUCAGCGGUUCAGCACGUGGUCAGCAACGAGCCCAUGCAAGUCAAGAUGUGGGAAAGGCAAGCAAACAAACAGACAGUCGUACGCGUACGAUCAGAGUGAAUUACAUGAGGCCGUCGGCAGCGCUGCACUUGUGGGGCUGGACACUAUUUUCUGCUUCUCCUGCGCUCCAAACCAGAUGGAACCUGGAGCUUGAUUGAACCUUGGCUGAGCUUAACAUGGAAGGUUCAGGGCUGGU